AGCUAGCUGAAGGCUAAAUGCGGAGAUGACAAGGUGAUGUAACAGCUCCAAUCGAUCGAUGUACAGAAAGAGGGCCGUAAGUAACUCGCAUCAGGAACUUCGAACAAGUCUUGGUGACUUGAUUGUGGCUGACCUUGGCGAGCCGCACCUGGUGCCGCAGAGGCUGUCUCGACGGUUUGGGUGCAGCCUGUGCUCCUACACGGCGGCUGCCAGCAGUCUCGUGGAACGUCACAUGCGGACGCAUACGGGCGAGCGGCCAUACCGGUGCGAACACUGCUCCAAGGCAUUCAGCCAACGAUGCAACCUGGUGCGGCACUGCAGGAUGCACACAGGUCAGCGACUAUCAAGCGGCAUUUCAAAAAGACGUGUUUAGAGCCACCUCAAUGUCACCCUGCCUUGGAGCCUUACUACAAUAAUGCCUGGGACAAGCGAAACCCAACGAUGCCAUGUACAGAUGGGCAGUUAGCCUUAGAACGUUUGUCACAGUAUAUUUACAAGUUCACAGGUUUUGAAAUACCAUUGUUUCAAUGUAACCCCUUGCCAUGCAGCAGCAUCGGAAAGCUGAACAAGUCAAAGGAGGCAAUGCCGGAGUCCUCAGGUGAUCCAUCCAUGCUGGCAAAGAAGUCCUAUUUGCCUCUUACAGUAUUUAAUUUCAUUAUGUCGCAGCCGCUGACUAGCCGCUGAGGUAAAAUAUUUUUCUAAACAACUUGCAAUCAUCUUUUUUUGUGUGUGCAGCUUUCUUUUUUUGUUAAUGCAUCAAGAUGCUGAAGGAAGAUGAUUGAUCAAUAUAAAUGAGUGAUUGAUCAAAGUAGCCAAGUUGUCAGCGGAGAUGGUUGAUCAUUGUUGUUUUCCAGUCAAGCAAUUAUGUUUGUAAUUCUCUUGCCUGGCUGUAAUUGUGUUGUAGAUUUCACGCAGCCUUGCUGCUUUGGGCAUAGCCAUUCCAUGUAUCCGAAGCUGCACUGCAGCUUGGCGCUGUAUUCAGUGAUAGGCCGAAGGUGCAGCGUUAAGUUGCCUUCAAUGUUAAUUUAAUGUACAAGCAAACGAAUAACCUCAUUCCUGGUAUUCCUGUGUUUUUUUUUACUUGUCACAUAGUAUAGCAAGCUAUUAUCAAUAAAUAGAUCAGUAUAUAGUAUAUAUAAAGUCCUUAAAUAUUUAAAAAUAUUUACAUGUUCCAGCUACUUCUAUCACACUUUAUGGUCUCCAAACACAUUCACGUUAGUCACGCUUCUGUCAUACCUCUAUUUAGGCAGCAAGUCAGUCAGCCCAUCACAAUUGUGUUCUCAGUCUAGUACAAGUUGCUAAGAAACUAGGUGAUACAUAUAACAUUAUUGUGCCAGCCCGCAUUGUGGCAGUUAAUAGAGCGUAGUACUAUUUUAUUGUUGUUUUCUUUCCUGUACUUGUGCAUACAUAUAAGCCAUGUGCGUAUACAUUGCAGUGA